UUUUAAAAACAGGAAAACCAUUAUUUAAUCAUCUUUUAUCUCAACGUCACGAUUGACAUACAUCAUCUAAUUUUUUUUUUUCCAAGACAUUUUUUUUGCAACAUCGCUGUGUAACACCAAGGUCACCAGUGCGACCAGUGGAUGUAGUGGGAGCUAAUCCCUCAGCACGCGAUUAUAGUAAAGUUUUAAAGCCGCACGUGCACGAAAUAUGGCUGGACUUAUAAACUUUGAGGAUGAAAACGAAGUGAAGCAGUUUUUGGACAAUUUGGGAGUGGAGUACAGCUUCCAGUGCUACAAAGAAAAGGAUCCUGAAGGGUGCCAAAGGCUCGCAGACUACUUGGAAGGUGUGAAGAAAGACUAUGAAUCUGCAGCACAAGUGCUCAAACAUAACUGUGAAACAUAUGGACACGGAGAGAGCUGCUAUAAACUGGGGGCAUAUCAUGUCACAGGCAAAGGUGGAGUGACUGAGUGUCUGAAAACAGCGUUCUCCUGCUUUAUGCGCUCCUGCAACACUGGUGGAAAGAAGUCUGUAGAUGCUUGCCAUAAUGUUGGUCUGUUGGCCCAUGAUGGACGAGCUAUGGAAGGAGGUACUGACCCGACUGUAGCUCGGCAGUACUACGAGAAGGCCUGCGCUGGCGGCUUCGCUCCCUCCUGCUUUAACCUCAGUGCUUUAUUCAUAGAGGGUAACGCCAAAGGACUGGCACCAGAUAUGGUACAAGCUCUGAAGUACGCCAGCAGGGCUUGUGAGCUGGGACAUGUGUGGGGCUGCGCUAAUGCAAGUCGAAUGUACAGACUUGGGGACGGGACGGAGAAGGACGAGAAGAAGGCAGAGGAGUUGAAGAAUCGAGCGAGGGAGCUGCAUGGUUUAGAGAAGGAGAGGCAGCUCAAAUUUGGUGAAUGAAUGUGACUCAUCUGAUUAAAUUAUUAUUGUCUUGGUUUGACUACACAUGUGGUGCUCAGUCAGGUUGUUUGUGGGGACGAGUAAAUUUGUGCUGUUCAGGGCUUCAGAGGUAGGAGACGAUAGGUUGUUUUUAAAAAGAAUGGUUGAAUUAACAUGUUUGCCUCAUUUACAGUGCGUAGACCAUCAAAUUCAGGGAGCAGUGUUGACUUGACUGUAUUGGUAGCCAAAUGUAUGUUAAUAUAAAUGAAAAAAGACAAUAAAAUAAAUUGUGAAUC